UCAACAUCACAGCCAAAGACCAACUCUACACAAACAAGCAUGAUCUGCUGUAGAGUAUGGUCAUCAGGCAACUUCCUCAAGAUGUCGUCGACAAGAUUAAAUCAUCAGUCAAUAUCACUUCUCUGAACGGCGUUGUCUGCGGUCUUAUUACAAACUCUUUAGACGCUGGCGCAUCCAAGGUCAACGUCUCGAUCGACUACAGCAGGGGAAAUUGUACCGUUGAAGAUAACGGGUCCGGAAUUCCACCCGAAGAAUUUAAAGAUGGCGGGGGCCUCGGGAAGCUCCACCAUACAUCCAAGUUCCCUUCAAGGUCUUCUGUUCAUGGGAAACAUGGCGAUUUCCUAGCAUCCCUUGCUACCUUUUCCCUUCUGACCAUCACAUCUCACCACCAAGGGCAUAUUUCACACAAUUCUAUCUCGUUUCACAAUUCUCGAAUACUGGCUAGACAAUUGCCUUCGCCCCCCGAAUCACGGCUUGUCAACUUUGAUCAUGGCACUCGUUCGACGGUUCGAGAUCUUUUCGGCAAUAUGCCAGUUAGGGUCAAACAGAGAGCCACGUUAGCUGAAAGGUCUGCUCUUGACAAAGAAUGGUCGAGGUUGGUUCGAGCUGUCGUAGGCCUGUUUCUUGCUUGGCCAUUAGGUGUAUCCGUUUCACUCAAGAACGCAGCAAGCCAGCGUGAGUUACGGUUCCGGCCAGCAGAAAAAGCAGACAUCAUGUCUAAAACCUCUCGACUUCUUACACAAGCUGGCCUUGCCAACUCGGACGAUGCAGGUUCCUGGGUGCCCAUAUCAGCAUCAUGCGGGUCGAUUUCCGUCAAAGGCGCCAUCUCCACGAAUCCUGUUGCGACAAGGCGCUCUCAAUUUAUUAGUCUUGGGAUUAGGCCAAUCAACAACGAAUUUGGCACUGAUGUUCUUUAUGAAGAAAUCAACAAGACCUUUGGAAACUCUAGCUUUGGUGUGAUUGACGCUGAUGAAGACCAAAACGGUGACUCGCGGAAGCUUGAUGAGUUCACGGGAAGAGACUUGAGAAGUCGAAAGGGGAUCGAACGGUGGCCCAUGUUCUAUCUCAAAAUCACCGCUACUGGGUUAGAGGGGCUCGAUAGCCCAGAUCGACUUGACAGUCAGGGCCGGACGCUGUCUGCGAUCAUUGAUCUUUUGAAGGCAACAUGUUACGGAUUUCUCAAAAAGCAUCAUUUUCGUCCACAAAAAGUUCGCCUAACCCCUGAGGAAUCGUUAUUCUCGACAGCAAGAACGUUGGGCCGGUCGAAAAAGCCUAAAAAGCAACCGCCCUCAUCAUCGAAUAGCUCGAGAGCUAGCUCUGUCACUCCCAUCUCCAGAUCUGGUUCACUUGAAGCACGAGCAGACAGCCCCUUUGAGGGUUGGCACCGAAUCAAAGUUGGGAGAGCUACGCCACUCAGCGCCACCUCGAAAGCGGCAGAUGUUCGUACAAAGAUGCGAGAGGAGUCACCGCUGGGACGUCUUGUUGGAGAAGGCGGGAAACUGUUGCGCAAACCGUUUGAUGAGCCAUCCCCUGAACCGGAAGACGAGAAAACAGGCUCGUCUGCAAACAGUGGUGUGAACUCGGGCGCAUGUACUGUUGACGGCGCAUCAGGUGGCGGUGACACAAGCAGCAGUGUUACCUGUCAAGGUGCACAGAAGCGAGACAAACAUCCUAGCAAAUGGCUCCAGGGUGUCAUCAGAUCAUGGGAGAAUCCCAGUUUUCAACCUGUAGAACCGUCUGUGCCGUGUAUCGAUAGCUCAGCACAAGAUCAGCUGCAUGCGUGUGGACAUGGAAGCGGUCAUGUUGGGUUUGAAGCAGGGACCAUGAGCCUCAAUGGGCGAAUCUCACGUCACGCGCUUGCUCGCGCUACCGUGAUAGCACAGGUCGACCGCAAAUUCAUCUUGGUCAAGUUACCACUAGAAAGUUCGACAUCUGGGACUUUGGCGCACGAAAAACAGAGUUCUGCGUUGGUCAUGCUCGAUCAACAUGCAGUUGAUGAACGAUGUCAGCUUGAAGAUCUCAUGGCAAAUUAUUUCACCCACGACUCCUUGGUGAAUCAAACGUCGCCCGUCAUAGAACCUCUCGACCGACCCAUAAUCUUCGAAAUCUCAAAGGAGGAAUGGUCUCUUCUAGAACAACAUCAAGAAUACUUUGCUGCUUGGGGUAUCACAUACCAAACACCCGUCUCCUCACAAAACAAAAUCCUAGUAACAGGCCUCCCUCCAAGCAUCAUUGAGAGGUGCCGACUAGAACCGCGACUUCUCAUUGAACUUUUGCGAACAGAAGUUUGGCGAAGCGUGGACAGUAGUGUUCCACUCGUGCGACCAUCAACUACUGCCCCUGACAAACCUUUGAUAUCACGUUUCAACGGGUGUCCAAGGGGUAUUCUGGAAUUGCUACACUCCAGAGCCUGUCGAAGUGCAAUCAUGUUCAACGAUGUUUUGUCGGUAAAGCAAUGUGAGGAGCUCAUCUCUCGCCUGUCACGUUGCGCAUUUCCUUUUCAGUGUGCGCAUGGUCGACCCAGUAUGGCACCCUUGAUUGAUCUUGGAAACGGGGGCAAGUUUGGCGGUUGGCAAGAAUCAAAACGGCAGAAGACGGUUUCGUGGAAGAGCUGGAUAAAGGAGUCAUGAUGGGUUGUGGGAAUUUCUUGAUACCCUUGUU